CACAUUUUAAAGAUGGCGGACGUAUCUUUGGAUGAUUACAUCCAGAAAAAGAACUUUACUGUUCAAAUUAGGAAUGUUGGUAAUGAAAGCAGAGCAGGCAAAAAUUUUGUAAAAGGAAAAGUUAAAUUUCAAAAACAGGCAACUCGGUCUCCAAGGACAAACAGAGUAACAUUUAGAAGUCCGAAGAAUGUUAUGAUGCAAAAACAGAGAAAUGGGCGUUUGUCUCUGCAAACUAAAAAGAAUAAUAUUAUAUCUUUACAAACUCGUAAAAAUAAAGGACUACAGGAUAAAUCAAAUAUCAAACCGAUUUCUGUGUCGUUUCCAAAUAAAAAUCUGUCUGGUUUUAAUAAGACAGUUUUUGAUGCAAGAGACAAAAUCGCUGCAGCCAAACGUCCAAAUGAUGCACGUGACAAACUAGCAGCCAAAGCUAAAUUAUCUGAUGCUAGAAUGAAAAUUCAACAAAAUAAAAAUAAACAGAACAAUAAUAGUGGACAAGUUAUUGUAACAGGACUUGGUAAAACAUUCAAAACAAUCAAUACUGAAGUAAAAACAAAUCCAAACUUUACUAGAACAAUUAAUUCUGGAGUCAAGACAAAUACUGGGUUUACUAGAACUAUUGGAAAUCAAGGAAAUUCUUCAGGAGGUGUCCAAAUAUCUGGUAAUUCCAUGACAAUAACAAGAAAUGUUAAUAAUGCUCCGACUCAGAUGAAUACCGGUAAUCAUAAUAAUGGAUCUACAAAUUUCAAAAUAACAAGAACACUUGGAGGUCAGGGAUCUCGACAAGGUGUUCAGAUGUCUGGUAAUGCCAUGACCAUUACAAGAAAUAUUGACAAUACACAAUCUCAGAAUGUACAGAUAACAAGUGGAAGAGGGCCAGUUUUUAAAGUCCAAAAUGAUGAAUACGAAACUGUGGCAGAUCCUUUGGUAGAGGAGUAUUAUGAUGAACCUGUGGGAUACCAUUAUGGUCAACCAAAAACACAUGUCACAGAAAAAACACUGACCGUCAAAUAUCCACAAACAUUACGUCCACAACCUAUACCUGUUAUUACUUCUAAGCCUCCAAUCAAACCCGCACCAAUAGCUGUGAAAAGGAAAGCCCCAACACAGGGACCACUGAAAUUUGCUAGUUCAGGUCCUCUGAAGUUAGCGAGUGGACCAUUAAAGUUUGCUAAAACUACCAUGGUAGCAGAUAUGGUUGAUGUUAUUAAGAAACCUAAGUUAAUAAAACAGGAAAUUAGAAUGGCCAUUAAUGAAGACCAGGUACCAGAUUUAGCACAAACAUUGGUCAGUCCAUUACAAGGAUAUAAGAUUUCCAUUACCAAUCUCCAUCCUGUCGUCAGUCAAGAUGAUAUUGUUGAAUUAUUUGGUGCAGUAGGAGCUAUGAAAAGAGCCAGACUUGUUAAGGAAGGUAUAGGAGAGGUUAUGUAUGUACAGAAAGAAGAUGCUGCCAAAGCUAUACAGAAAUACCAUAACAGAGAAUUAGAUGGUAUUCCAAUGCAGGUAAAAUUGGCAGUUCCAAAGCAAACACCUGUCCCUAAACCAGUGAUACCUACAGCACCUUCAGAGGACACACCCCCUUCAGCUAAAGCUGAACCACUCAAGUUGUUUAAGGGAACAAACAAGAAAGUACCAGAGUCUGAUAUAGAGACAGGCACCUUGCACAGAGCAUUGUUUAAGACUGGUGUUACACAGCCUUCAAAACUUGUUACUUUUACUGUAAAAAUAUGAACAAAAUGAUCAUCUCAUUAUUCAUUUUUGUUAAUCAUUAUUCUGAAAGGGAAGUUGGUGUAUACUUUUAUUUUGGUAGGGAAUGGAAUUUUAGUAGUUUAAAAUGGUUUAAUCGGCUAUACAAAAAAACUCAUUUGGUUUAUUAGAGGAUAUUUAACUUCCAUCUGAACCAACUUGAAUAUAACAAAAUGGUCUAUAUGUUUUAAAAAAAAAUGACAAUUGGUGAAUUAUUUUUUAUCAAGAAUCAUUGAUUAUAACAUCAUUUUUUUAUUGGGAAUACUGAUAGUACCAGGCAUUCACCUUUUAUGUUUUGUGGAUUCAUAAUUAUUUGUGAUGUCUCAAUUUUUGUGGUUUAUUGUGGGUAUAGCUGAACAACAAAUUCAAUUGUUCAAUGAAGUACAAAUUUCUUAUGUGCUUGUAUUCAGACUUGGGUCCCAUGAAAUGCAGUAUCUAAGAAAAUACAAAUUUUUCUUGAAUCCACAAAUAUUGGUACCCACGGAGAUAAGUUAAUCAACAGUAACUUCUGUUUCAUUGAUGAUCUGUUGUCAUUUGGAGUAGUUACCUUUGUAAAAAUUCCCUACAUAUUUAUUUCCUAAAAACAGUGAACUGAUUGUUACAGUAUACCUUAUAACUAUGUAGAGUUUGUUUUAGCUCAAUUAUUGAAAUAUAAAACUUCAUUGAAAAUUGAUAUUAUAAUAAAUGCUUGGGUUUUGUGGUUUCUAAUUUUUCUAAUUUAAUCUCUUGCGAGUCCCACAGUAAGAAAAUUGCAUUUAAUUUUGAAUUAAAAGAGUUUCAUUUAAAGAUACCAAAGUUGUUUUAGUUUUAUAUUUGAAACUGAUUCAUGAGGAGAAGUAGGUCAAAUAUAACUUUUAAAAGCGUUUUCAAGAUAUGACAUUCGCUGUAGUUGAGGAAAAAGCCAAUACACUGACUAAUUUAUCCAUAUCCAUUGAGAUGAAAUCCAGAAAUUAGAAGAAUGAUAAAAGUGACAAUAAAGGUGUAGUCUAGAUAUAUAUGUUUUUUAAUGAAUGCAAUAAGGACAUUUACUUAAGCAUGUUAAGCAGUUGACUAGAAAGAGAUUUUUGAUACAUAAGUAUUUACCAUAGACUGUUAGGCUUAUUUAUGUGCCAUGCACCAUCUACAUCAAGUUAUCUUAAUAAAAACAUUUAUCAUAUCAUUACAUAUGAACAUGUGUAUAAUGUCAUCACAUGUGUAUUAUAGUGUUGAAAGUGGUGUUAAACACCAAUCAAUCAAUCAAUCACAUGUGUAUUAUGUUAUAACAUGUGGAUAAUGUCAUUACAUGUGUAUUAUGUCAUUACAUGUGUAUAAUGGUUGUUGUUGUGAUUAUAUCAAACAUGUAUAGUGAUGCUAAAUUUGAUAUGUAAAUUUUAAAUCUCUUUACAUCAUCCAAUUUUAUGAAAUUGGGACAGAAAUUCUUCACAAUCCCACCUGGUGUUUACAUAAUAAUUUCACUUUUGUAUUGUAUUAUUCAAACAUAAUUUUAAAUUGGUAAUUCUUUGUGAAAUAGAUAAUUUAUUUGGUGACAGUACAAUUUGAAUUAACACCAUUGUUCUAUGACAGGUCCUAUAAUUCAGACAAAAUUCAGUUGUGUGAUAAGGGUGAAAUAAAAAGUAUGAAAAAGUUAUUAAUAGAUUUAUUAAGUUUUAAUUUGACAGGAUGUUCUUUAACUAUUAUGAUUUUGUUAUGCUACUAUCCUUCAUUUAUGUAUUAUUGUAUGAAUUUACUGAAAGAAAACAGUGCUGUGAUUCUAGAGCACCUGGCAGAUAGGCCAGGUGAGAUGUAGCCAUAAUUUUGCAUUCAACGGUUAUCAUUAAGACUUCUGAAAUAUUUUAUCACUUUCUCUCAAAAUUGACAUAAUACAUAAAAACUUGGUGGGAGAUGAGUAUGUAUGUUUUACUUUGUUCCAGUCAGAUAAAAAUAGGAUGAACAAAGCCAGUUCAUUAUUCUCAUCAGUCAGUUAAUAGAUUUGACUUGAUACAUAUGUACAAUGGCCAAAUAUGUCUCAACUACAAGAGAGAUAAAUAUGAAAAUGCAUAGUAAAGGUUUCUUACCAGUCAAGCAGCAAACAUUGUAGUGAUGUCUUUAAAUAACGAAUUUGUAACUAAGAUAAGUAAUACAGACUGGUGUAAGAUUUGAUAUAUUUUGACAUCUUGAUCAAAUAAAUUGUUACAAUAUGA